UCGACAACAACUGCAGCCCUGAUUACAACUGAGGCAUUGACUACAACUGCAGAAACAACAACGACAGCCCCUAUUACAACUGCAGCCCCCACUACAACUGGUGCCCCGACAACAACUUCUGCACCCACAACAACUGCAGCCCCAACAACAACUGCAAAGCCGACAACAACUGCUGCACCUACUUCAACUGCAACCCCCACUACAACUGUAGCCCCAACUAUAACUGCAGCCCUGAGUACAAUGGUAGGCCCGACUACAACUGCAGCCCCAAUAACAACUGUAGCCGCCCCCACAACUGCAGCCCCCAUAACAACAGCAGCCCUCACUACAACAGCAGCCUCUCCUACAACUGCUGCUUCCCAUACAACAGCUGCCCCCACACCAGCUGCAGCCUUGAUGACAACUGCAGCCCCAACUACAACUGCAGCCCUGACUACAACUGGAGCCCCUACUACAACUGCAGCUCUGACUAAAAGUACAGUCCCCACUACAACUGCAGCCACCACUACAACUGCAGCUCUGACUAAAAUGACAGCCCCAACUACAUCUGCAGCCCCCACUACAACGACUACAACUGCAGCCUCGACUACAACAACUAUAGUUCUCACAACAACAACUGCAGCCUCUACAGGUCCACCAUUAGGAAACGAGGGUGUCCAGAACCUGUUUUUUAGAAUUAUUAGACCUUUUGUAGAUGAGUUGUUAAACCCAAGCUCCCCUGAAUUCCAGGAUCUAGCACGUCUUAUCGUCACACAGUUGAACCGUGCCUAUCGCAGAAGAUACCCCAGAACCUACAGGAGGUGUAGGGUUCGAGGUCUUAGGCGUGGGCGUCCUUUGUCUACUGUUGUCAACCGGAUGGACACCAUACUAGUAGACACAGAACUGAUAUUUGUCAACCAGUCUGUGGUUGCAAAUGUGACUGAGAUAGAAACAGCCCUUCAGGAGGCCAUUGAUGAUUCAACUGUUGACUUGAACAUCAUUCCAUCCAGCAUUAAUGCAGCAGCCACUAACACCUCUACUCCAGCUACAACAAGCAGUGCCAUGGCAACAAACAAACCCCAGGAAGUCAUCACAUUUCUGUUUCCUCUUUAUCUAGUCAUUUACUUUCUGUCAGCAGAUAUGAGGCUGCCUCAUAUUUUUUGCCAGAUAAAUAAAUAAGCCUUUAUGAUUUGGAUACUUGAUGCUACUCUAUGACGGGUAAUUUGUUUGAACAGAUUUCUAAAAAAAAAGUGCCUUUCCAGGCAUAUCCUUCACUGAGUGCCUCAUUGAGCCAUUGAUCAGGUAAUCAAAGUUCUUUAUACAUAUAUCACGUUUCUUAUACAGUCAUGGACAAAAGUAUUGGCACCCCUGCAAUUCUGUCAGAUAAUGCUCAG